CGACGGUUCGAUUUGAAUGGUUUGUGUACAAACCCGCGUGAAAAUCGGACUCCACGGGCAGCUGACUGUUGUUGUCAUCAGGUUUGUUCGCGUCUUCGGUCUGCGGACUAAAAUUUUUAGUAUUUCCAGUAUUUAUUCGAAAAAUUCAGCAGCAUGGCGAGCUUAUUGGAUUUAUGCGAGCAGUACUUCGGCGCCCGUAACUUUUACGACGUGUUAAAAAUACCGAAAACCGCGAACGACAAGCAAGUUAAGAAGGCUUAUCACAAGCUGUCGUUGCUCGUGCAUCCGGAUCGGGUCGAGGAGGACAUCAAGGCGGAGGCGACGGAGAAGUUCAAGGUUCUCGGUAGGAUACAUUCCAUCCUCAGUGACAAUGAGAAGCGCAAGAUUUACGACGAAUCCGGCCAGUAUGACGAAGAAAGCGAGGAGGUCGUGAUGCGCAAUUGGGCAGAUUAUUGGCGGUCCUUAUUUAAACCAAUCACCGUUGAAGAUAUCAAUAAUUAUGAGAAGAAUUACAAGGGAUCGGAGACGGAGAUCAAGGAUCUCAAAAGAGCAUACAUAGACAGUAAAGGAGAUAUGGAUUACAUUUUGGAAGCUGUUCCAUUCACAAACUGUGAUGAAGAACCCAGGCUGCAUGCCAUAAUUGAGGAUCUAAUAGAGAGAGGUGAAGUUCCAGAAUAUACAGCUUUCACUAAUGAAAAUAAAAAGAAAAAGCAACGCAGGAAAAGAAAGUGGGCCAAGGAGGCGGCGGAAGCCGAACGCCUGGAGAUGAUGCUGAAGAUUGAGAAUGAGGAAAACGCCACGAACGAUCUCGCGCUGGUGAUACAAAAUCGUAAUAAGGCUCGCGCCAAUCAAUCGGACAGUUUCUUCGACUCCCUGAUCGACAAGUACGCGAAGAAGGCUGAAAAACCGACCAAAAAGAAAGCUUCGCCCUCAGAGACCACGAAGAAAACCAAGAAGAAGACAUAGAGAUAAGCGGUUGUGUCGAAACUGUUGCGCGUCCACGCCGCGUCUUCGAAAAUUUUAACCUAUUAUUAAUUAAAUCGCAAAACACGAACUUGCUGUAGAUUUUCAUAAUGUGGGCGGUUGUGUUUAGUUUUUUGUAUAAGUUCGAAACGUUCACCGAAUCAAAUGGACUAACUUGCAUGGUUCAAUAUAAAUAUCGUCAAUUAAUCGCGCGUAACGCAAAUUAAACCAUAUGUAUCGAAUUAAACAUUUUCUCGUGGUAAGUGUGCACAACGGCGUAGAAGUAUUGUACACUUUAUAUAAAAACGAAUGUCGUAUUUCAUGCCGAGUUUCAUGAUAUAUAAUAAUACCCUUGAAACCAA